GCGUCGGCUGCCCUGCUCAACAUCUCCUCUGUUAAUACAAUGGGGAAGGUGAGCAGCAGCCCAGAUUGCUGUGAUUGAAGGAGUUUGAACCAUAGACUGUAUAAAAUAGGGUUGAACUCGACAACGUCGGAGGUCUACCUAACUAGAGAGCGCCCGGCGGUUUGAAGCGAGUAGGUAUCCAGGCGGUCGGCAGACAGCAUUUGUAUGAUGGAGAGCGGGGAUGACCGUGGUCUCCGGUCUCGCUGCCAAGCCAUUCCUAAAAUCCCCACCUUCCCUGACUUGGAUAACUCUUUGGAUGAGGAGUGUAAUCAAGAGCAACACCAGCAAGGCAAUGGAGGCAACCACGUUUCCAGCAAUGGAAAAAUUGAAGUGGAACAUGUGAUCAGCAAAAAGCUACAACUGAAAAGGAAAGCAGAGUACCUGAAGAGUGACCUGAUGCAUCAGUUUGACAGUCAGGUUAAUGACUUCAUGGACAGUCUCAUCGAGGAGUCGGCCAGCCUGGAGUCUGCACCUGUCUCUGCUGUCUUCUCGCCUCCGCUGUCAGACAAGGAGAGAAGUAAACUCGGGUCUUUCCGGCCUCCUCAUGGCCAGGGCAAACUGUUUGUUAGUCGCAGGUCCCUCUUAGAUGAGCUGUUUGAGGUGAACCACAUCAGGACUAUCUACCACAUGUUUAUUGCCCUGCUCAUUCUCUUUAUCCUCAGUACACUGGUGGUAGAUGUCAUUGAUGAAGGCAGACUGGUGCUGCACUUUGACCUACUGGUCUAUGCGUUUGGACAGUUCCCUCUGGUGGUGUGCACAUGGAUCUGCAUGUUCCUGUCUGUGUUGCUGGUUCCCUACACUCUGUUCCAUUUGUGGUCACAGACCCAGUCUGGGGCUUGCAGUCACCCUAGGUUGUGCAGUUUGCUGUUUGGCUCUGCAUUCCUGCUCUACCAAGCUCUGGGUGUGGGAUUCCUGCCUACAUAUGUGGUGGUGAGCAACAGUUUUCCACCUGCAUCCUGCUUCAUCAUCAUCCUGGAACAGGUGCGUCUAAUGAUGAAAGCCCACUCCUUUGUCAGAGAGAAUGUACCAAGAGUCCUAACCUGGGCUAAAGAAAAGACCAGUCCCUGCCCAGUGGUCCCUCAGGUCUCUCAGUAUAUCUACUUUCUGUUUGCACCAACACUCAUCUACAGAGACAAGUACCCCAGGAACCCAGUGAUCAGAUGGGGCUAUGUGGCCACAAAGUUACUCCAGGUACUAGGCUGCCUGUUUUAUGCCUAUUACGUAUUUGUGCGGCUGUGCAUCCCUCAGUUCCGCAGCAUCAGUCUGCAGCUGUUUGACCUGAGGGCCAUGGUCCUCUGCAUCUUUAACUCCAUCUUGCCAGGAGUGUUGAUCCUCUUCCUGGGAUUCUUUGCCUUCCUCCACUGUUGGCUAAAUGCUUUUGCUGAGAUGCUCCGCUUUGCUGACAGGAUGUUUUACAAGGAUUGGUGGAACUCAACCUCUUUUGCUAAUUACUAUCGCACUUGGAACGUAGUGGUCCAUGACUGGCUGUACUACUAUGUGUACCGAGAUCUCCUGUUGAUGUCUCAGAGGCGUUUCAGACCAGUAGCCAUGCUGUUUGUGUUUACAGUGUCUGCAGUGGUCCACGAGUACAUUCUUGCAAUCUGCUUUGGUUUCUUCUAUCCCGUGCUCUUCUGCCUCUUUAUGUGCUUUGGGAUGAUGUUCAACUUCAUUCUGCAUGACCAAAGGAAAGGUCCCAUCUGGAACAUAAUCAUGUGGACAUCCCUCUUCCUGGGUCAGGGAGUCAUUAUCUGUCUGUACUCCCAGGAGUGGUAUGCCCAGUGCUACUGCCCCCUGAAGGAGCCUUCAUUCCUUGAGUUACUGAAGCCUCGCUCCUGGAGCUGUCAGAGAGGCCUGAUGGCAGACUCUGAUAGGCUCUGAUCUACGUUUGGACUACUGCAGAGAAUCAAUAUAAAUUUGACCAGCCUUUCUUUUACUGUCAUAACUUCUGGUCUUUCAGUUUGUUUUAUAUUAUUGCACUAAGGUCAUGAGUCAUGACUGAGUCUUUGUAUGAAUGUAUGGAAGAGAUCCGAUUAUUAUCUGCCAAAAUGUUCUUUACUUUAACAGCAAUGUCACAGUGAUGCCUUACUUAACCGUUUAAAAGACAGACCCAACAAAAUUACAAGUUGACAUAAAAUCACAUAUGAACUCUUUUAUUUUUAUUUUUUUUUACUUAUUACUUUUGCCUUGAUCAACUGUGAAACCACUCCCUGUGCCAAUAUGAUAGUGGCAAACAUUAAAUAUGGCAGCGGAAUACAAACAAAUACACUAUACAUAUACAUCACAUAUCACGUUUGCAAUUACUACUCUAUUAUAGAUAACAUUUAAUAUGUUUGGAAAGCCUUUCAAUGUGUGUUUUUUUUUUUUUUUUUUUUUUUUUUUUCACUGCCUUUAAGAUUUAUUUUGAAAAAUGGCCACUGUUUGGUGUUUUGUAUAAAUCUAUGAGGAGCUGUGGCCACUGUAUUAUAGUUCCAAGAUUGCAGUCAAUUCCUCUAAAGAGGAAAAUGAAGGUUUGGCAUGCUAAUAUAGUUUGGAAAUAGUUUUAUAAUAAAUCUGAAGCUAUAAAAAUAAAAAAAUCAUUAUAGUAAACUCCAGAAAACAAAAUGUUAAACAUGGAGUUAAUGUAUUCUGACUGCUGAAUGUAUUUUUGAAGAUUUGAAUAUUUCAGUUGAACUGGUUUGAACAUAGAUCUAGCGUCAUAGAUACAAAGUUUCCUCUGAACUUAAAUAAUAUUUUAGUUUGUUGUUUGAGAGUUAUGUGGAGGUGAAAUCACUACAGAAUAACUUACAACUGUAAAUGUUGCAGCUGGCUGCUAGAAUGAUAUAACAUUGAAAUAGUGAUGAUACUUAAUUAGCACUAAGGGCUACAGAUUGCUUUGUCAGAUACUGAGUACAUAAAAUUUGACUGUUUUUUGUUUUUUAAAUGUCUAACAGAUGAAGGAAUGUAUGCUCAGUGUGCUUAUAGUUCCUGUGGUCUUGAAACAAUUUGUUUACACAUUUGUAUUAUUUUGAGGUAAUCACAAAGUUAAUGCACAGUUAAUGUUGCCAAUUCUGACAUUUCAAUGCAGGGAUACUGUAUUUACAGUGGUGAAUAGUGAGAUGCACAAUAUGAAGUAAAAACCAGCAAUGACAAACAGGGCGCUUCCAAAAACAAUAUGACCACAAGGUGGCACUGUAUUAAAAGCUUUUACUUUUGAUUCAUCCUCUGCUCUAUUUGGCUGUGAAUUGUGGUCAGGAGCAAGAGAUGCUUUCCCAGAGUCCCUUAUAUUAACAAACAAUUACCAGCAACUUCUUUUUUUUGUUUUUGUAAAAUAUGUACAGAUAAUAGCAGACAUAUUGGAAUGCUUUGUGGUACUUUCUACUAAGUAACUCCUGAGAACUCCACAUUUGGCUAAAGCCUUGUAAUCUUGCUUUAUGCCUUUGAGAUUUUGUUAACAAGGAUAAUGUAGUAAAAAGAGCCAACCUGCAGAAAUGCUGUUUAUUGAAAUAAGAUAUUUAUAUUUUGGAGCAGAGCUUUUGCCUGUUAUAUUUGUGUUCAUUGUGGUCUCUUUUUUUUCUCUGGCUUUAAAUAGCUCAUUUUGUCAGGUGACAAUUUUAUGACUCAGUAUGUUGUUCUAUCUACUGAUGUAGACAAACGUCUGAUACAUUCUUUAAAGACAAAGUACAAAGUACAAGAACUAUUCAGAAAAAAAUGAAGUAUGUUCCCUCUUUAAUUAAUGUGUUGUAUCAUAAAUGUCUAAUGUAAUGGCCAAUGUGCCAAUUAAAUAGUAUUGAACUGUC